GAUGCGCGACUUAUUUGGAGACGCCGGCGAACUCAACAAGCGAAUCGCCGGGAUUGUGAGGCGGCUUUGACCUGCCUGACAUCGAAAGCGCAUCUCGAAACUCGAAAAGCAGGCCUCCGCGCCCGGAUUCUGGAACGACCCUCGCGCUGCUCAUCCUGUGAUGAGCGAGCUUUCGUCGCUAAGACGGACCUCGGAACCUGGAAUGACCUGACGAUCCGUCUCGGGACCGACCUCGUCGAACUGGCCGAGAUCGCCAUGGAUGAGUCGGACGACUCGAUGGGCGAUCAAUUGACCGCCGAGUUGGACGAGAUCACGGCCAUCACGGCGGACGAGGAGUUCAAACUACAGCUUAACGGCGAGCACGACGCCCGCCCGGCGAUUAUUUCGAUCAAACAGGGCGCAGGCGGCGUCGACGCGCAGGAUUGGGCCGAGAUCCUGUUUCGCAUGUACCUGCGUUGGGCCGAACGCCGCGGAUUCAAGGCGGACGUGCUCGAUCUGACCGCGGGUGACGAAGCCGGCAUAAAGAGCGCGGCGGUCAAGGUGGACGGCAGCCACGCGUACGGCUACCUGAGGUCGGAGCGGGGCGUUCACAGGCUGGUGAGGCUUUCGCCGUUCGACGCGGACCAUCUUCGCCACACGAGUUUCGCGCUCGUCGAGGUGCUUCCCGAACCGGAUGCGCACGAAGAACUGACGAUUAACCCUGACGAUCUGAAAAUCGACACCUUUCGCGCCAGCGGCCACGGCGGCCAGAAUGUACAGAAGAACUCUUCGGCCGUCAGAAUGACCCAUCUGCCUUCGGGGUUCGUUGUAUCGGUGCAAAACGAGCGGUCAUUGAGGCAGAACAAGGAUAUCGCCAUGCGUAUCCUGCACGCUAAAUUGGUGGACCUGGAGAUGCAAAAACGGGCGGAAGAACAAGCCCGGCUGCGGGGAGAUCACGUAUCACCUGAGUGGGGAAGGCAGGUAAGGAGCUACGUCCUGCACCCGUAUCAGAUGGUCAAGGACCACCGGUCCGCCUACCAGACUUCGAACGCCCAGAAUGUUCUGGAUGGGGAUCUGGAUGAUCUGAUCAAGGCCAGCCUGAACGCCCAGGUAAAAGGGCCCGGCAGCCAGGGAGCAAUAGUCAUAAAAACCGACAGGCAGUUGCUGCCGUAUCCGCGAAACAGAUGA